ACCAUGGCGGUGAAGAUCUCCUUGUGGCAUCAUUGCAUCCAAGCCAUCCAGUCCCGGGAGACACCCAAGAUCCAGGACUACCAGAGGGCUGAGAAUGUCCUACUGACCAUACUUGAGAGGGUCCAGGAGCUGGACUCCAGGUUUCGGGUGGAUUACUCCAGGGAUCUAGAGGCCUUCCAAUUUGCCCUGCGUACUUCUGAGGAUGACCUGAUUAUGGAAGUGCCCCUGUGGGUGGAUUCUGACACCCUUUUGGCCCAAGAGGCAAUAGAUGGUCAGCUUGCGGGAAGAAGGAUACAGGAAAACCUUCCCAGCCCAGCUUCCUACACUCUGGGGGUUCCUCACGAUGUGGCUGGCUUAGAGAAGUGGAUGACUGAGGAUGUCUUUAGCCCAUCUGAGAACACUGAAUGCCAAGGCUACAUCCUGCCCAGCAAAGUCCUUAAGCGGCUGAAAGACCUUCUUGUGGCUGCUAUUGUCCACUGCAAGCACCACUGUCUCAUCAUGCCAGGUUCCCUGAAUGCAGCGAAUUUGAAGGAAGAAGAUCUCCACAUGUCCUUACUGGUGUCCAGUGGUUGGAGAAUGAUCCGGUUCAACAUUAUUCCUGUGGUGAAGAAGAACCACAAGAUUCUUCACCUUCAAAGGAAGCACCUUGCCCAGGGCUUCCCGGAUGGCAGCUUGGAGAAAGUUCAACGCCAAGGAGCCGACCUGAUACCCUUGAGCUCCCAUCAUUGGCGGAUCUCCACGGACAACCUCGUUACCAAACUCCUCAACAUUGUGGGUUCCCUCCAAGGGUACCGUCUGGACAGCCUCUCCAUCUUGGAUCGGGUCAACAAUGAGAGCUGGCGAGAAGGGGGCAAGAAGGCUGGCCUCACAUUUGACCACCUGAAGAUGGUGCUGCUAUGGGCCACUGAACUCUUCCCUUCCCCAGAAGACUGGAGCGACCUGGAGGGCUCCGUGUACCGGCUCCUGGUGAUCCUGCUCUGCUGCCUGGCCACCAAAAACCUGCCUCACUUCCUCUUCCCCCAGCACAACCUUCUCCAAGGCCAAGGUCUUGACCUGAACUCUCUGUACCAACAAGUUGAAAAAUUUGCCAGCCAGCCAGAGCAGUUCCUUAAGAUCCAUGUGACCCACCUGUUCCCCAGCCCCCCGAGGAUAGACAACGGUAUCAAGGCAUUCCUGCAGCUGCCUGCCAACGACCAAACCUACUGGGAUACUGCCUAUUUCGAUGUCCUCCUGGAUAAGUUCCAGGUCUACAACGUUCAAGAUAAAGAUCGGAUUUCAGCGAUGCAAAAUAUCUUCUUGAAGACCAAGAAAUUAGAGAAUUGUGCAAGCUGA